AUGCUUGCUCGAGGCGCAGCAUGCGACACCUGCCGUGCACGCAAGGUCAAAUGCGACGCCUCCCGCCCCUUCUGCACCCCCUGCCUCAAAUCCUCCCGCGGCGAUUCAGCACUCGCACUGACGAGGUGUAAAUACGAGGGGACUAGUGUCGCGGCUGCGAGGGAGGCGGCUGCUGCUGCGAGGGAAGCGGGGGGUGGGGUUGGAGGAGGAGGGAGGAAGAAGAGGAAAGUUGAGGGCGAGGAGGGGGAGGGAGGGAGGAAGGGGAAGAAGGUAGGGGUCGAGGCGAUGGGGUGGAACGGGCAGGGUGGGGUCGUGGAUGCGGGGACGUUUGCGGCUUUCGAUCCGAGGAUGAGCGGGCAUGGACAUGCUGGGACAUACUCGACGCAACUCCCUCCUCCGCCGGGGUAUCCGACUGCCCUCCCUCCGCAUCCUCCUCCCGGCUCGACAGCGCCAAACACCCUCGCCGAACCGUUCCGCCCGCUCCCUCCCCCCCUCGCUCCAUCAUCCACAUCCGCUCCGACUCUCCCACCCGCUCUCGCAUACGACUCGAAACCCUCUUCCGCGGGAACGGGAACGGGAGCAGAGUCGGUCAAGAAGGAGGUUGUGGAGGGCUUGGAGGGGAGGAUUGCCGAGCUCGAGAGGCAGUUGCGUGCGAGGGAGGCGGCCGCGAACGGUAGCGGCGGCGGGGCGUAUUAUGCACCCGCGGCGAACGGCGCGCCGCAUACGAGGUCACCCUCGUUCCCUUAUGCUUUCCCCGCACAGCCAUCCGCCGCGUACACGUAUCCCGGCGCGACCUACCCUUCGUCGCUUCCUCCUCCGCUCUCCUCCGCCUCUUCCGCCGCGCCAGGCAUCCCUUUCCCCUCCCCAUCCUCGGCCUACCCCACCCAACCACUCACUCCCGGCGCACACACGCACGCCUACCCACCCAUCCAACUCGCCCCUCCCGGCGGUGGCUCCUCCCCUCGAACCGGUCGCUCCCUCUCGGCGCUCUCUGCCGCCGCCGCAGCAGGGAUCGAAGAUUUCCCGGGGUGGAGCGCGCAGGAGAGUAACCUUCGCUCUUCCGUGCCCCCGCCACAGCAGGGGUGGACGGCGGCUGCCCAGAGUCCGAUGUCGAGUUUGAGGUAUUCGGCGUUGCCGGCCGCGGAUGGAGGGGAGGGGUUCGUGUUGAGUCCAAGGGGGAGUUUGGCGAGGGAGAGGGAGAGGGGGACACCGGUUUUCGCUGUGGUCGGCGCGGCGGGAGGUGCGGCGAGUAAGGCCGCGACGAGUGCUGGGGCUGGAGGAGGAGGGUCGACGAGGCCGGGGUCGAGUUCGAGCGCGACGAGUCCCCAUUCGUCCGCUACGACUUCGUCCUCUUCUCCUCCCAAAGCCGAUCCGACGACGUUCUCGGCCCUAGACGACUUUUCCCUCUCGCCCGAACUCUACGCCCUCCUCCACCCCUCGUACCCUCCCUCUCUCCCACCCAUCGCGACAGUCCACCACCUCGUCCAAACCUUCUUCCUCCGCGCCAAGAUCCCCGCCCAGAUGCUCAACCACCGCAACAUCCUCGAAUCGAUGCUCUACGGACCUGCGGACCCCCGAUGGCCCGACGAGGCACUCUUGCACGCGAUGUGUGCGUUCGCGGCGCAGUACGUCUCGGAGGAAUCGCUGGGGUCGCUCGGACCGUACGCGACGAGCUUGGGACUGGAGAUGGAUCGUGAGGAGGAGGAGAAGCGCAGGAAGAGUAGGUAUUGGGAGAGGGAUGGGACGAAGACGGCCAGGGCUUAUCAUUAUAUGCAUGCCAAGAGGAGCGUACAUGAGGCGGUCGACUCGGACUUGAAGGGUGCGGGCAAGCCGAGGGAUAUGCUUCAGGUCCUCCAAGCGUGCAUCAUCACCUGCUACGUCGCCUACCAAUCCGCCUCGUUCACCGACCUCUGGCUCUUCGGCGGCCUCGCCACACGCCUCUGCACGCCCCUCGGCCUGAACCACCUCGAGCCGUGGGACUUUUUCCACAACCGCUGCGGUCCCUCGGGCGAGGAUUGGUCUCGCCGAAUCAGGUUUGCGCCCAGAGCCGAGUUGCUCGGCUUGCCCCAGACGCUCGAGGAACAUGCGGAGAGGGCGACGACGUUUUGGAUGGCGUUUGCGGUCGAUCGGUUCGCGAGUGCGAGUACGGAUUGGAGCACGUCGAUCGACGAGAAGGACAUCACGACUCCCCUUCCUUGCCGCCCGCUCGUCCCGCACCCAUCCCUCCUGUUCGACAAGAAGACGCUCGAGAUUCCCGCCCUGUCCAUCUCGUCCUCCAACUUCUUCGAAGACGCCACAGCGCCCAUCGGCUCGCUCGGACUCUACAUCAAAGCGACCGUCCUCCUCGGCCGCGUCGUCAACUUUCUCCAGCGCAACGUCCCGCGCUCAAAGUGCGUAGAACAGGGCGAGUCGUGCUCCGGCGUCAAGGCCGAGUUCAAGAGCCGCGAGGAGUUUGUCGAGCUUGAUGUCGCGUUGAGCAAAUUCAAGGCGAACCAUUCGGCGAACUUUUACGAUGCGGCAGACAACGCCAUCGACGGGUUCUUGGCGAGCGCCUACGCCAUCCCUCACGUUGCCACGAUGCUCCUUCACGAGACCUUCACCGACCGCUACGACAUGUCGCCCACCUCGUCCAUCAACCGCUGCCUCAGCUCGGCUAAAUGCGUUGUCAACGCGAUGCACAUUCUCUACCAGUCGAACUACGACCUCGGUGGAUGCGACCCCUUCCUUCCCUUCUGCUGGUCCGUCACCGCCCGCGCCCUCGUCCGCGACUACACGACCCGCCGCUUUUGGGGCCAACACGAGGCGGCGCAGGCGAGCCUCGAGCUUGCGGAGCAAUGCUUGUCGUUCCACGAUGCGUGCGCGAAGAUGGGCAGCCCGAUUGCGCAAUGCCUCGCCACGACGCUCCGCAAGCAUCUCGACAACCCCGACAUCCUCCUUCCCGUCGACGGCGCAGAGCUCUAA